CAUCCAGCAGCUGCCGGGCACUUGCAGCCCUCUCAUGAAUUUCUCUCUUUUUCUCCAAGGGGCUGACUGUUGUGGUUUCAAGGCUACUGUUUUCCAUCUCAUCACAGGAACACUGUAUCUUAUUGGACAAUGGAAUUUGUAUGGAAACAAAGGUGGUAUCUUCAGCUGGGCUGUAUAUUGAUGCUGAAUUUGGUUUAUGCCAAUCUAGAUUAUCACAAAGAAACUCCUCCAAGCCUGGGUCAGAUUGACCAUGAGUGCUGGGAGGUCUCAUCCCAUGGGUUGGUGGAAAUGAAGAAACUCAAGGUAGCAGAUACGAUCAUUGGUCUCUGGGACUUCAUGAUGUUCCUAAAGGAAUCCCCUAAGCCCAAGCACAAUGAACUCUUCAAUGAGUUAGCCCAGAACUUCUGGGAUAUGUAUGUAGACUGUGUGCUCUCAAGAUCCCAUGGAAUGGGCAGAAGACAAUUAGCAUCUCCCAAAUACUCUUCCAUAUACUCACAUAGAACUUUAGAAGGGUCUGCUUUCACCAAUCCAUUUUAGUCAAAAUAAAGAUACCUCAGCAAGGCAACAUCAAAAUGAAGGAGCACAAAAGCACGGCAUGUACUCGAGAUGCUUAGACAAGUCCACUGGCAUGGUUCAACCUUCUUUUUUUUCCUUUUCUUUGUAUAAAGCACUUAAUCACUGCUAAACUGAUAAGUAUGUGAACUCCCACAUUGUCACUUUUGCUUUCCUGUCUUGCAGUCUGUCAAGGUUGCCUUUAUCCCACUGCAUGUCUGAAUGCUUUUGUUUUGAGUUAAGACUUUUGUUGUCUCAGGUAAGCUUGUAAGUCUGAACCAGUUUCGUAUUUUUGAAAAGGCUCAUCUUUUCCAUUAAUUCUCUUUUUUUAAAGUUAAUUUGGGUGGAAGCCCAAUAUAUUUUUAUACUUUAAGCAAUGGAGAAAAUGUCAACAAACAUUUUAUACAGUCUUGCACAUAAAUUAGCUUCAAGAAUUGCAAAAAAGUGUGACAUCAAGCUAAAGGGAAGGAUUAUGCUUAUUGUAAUGCCUGUGCAGUCUUAACUUUGUAAUUUAUCACUGCUUAAUAUAGGCUGUGGAUUAAUUAAAGUAUUUUUCUAUGCAGCAAGGUCUG